UAGUGAUGUUGACGAAUGACAACUGGUUGCUGGUUGGGUUUGGAUUUUAUUACAAAGUGAUAGGGUUAUGCCUAUAUUAUCGAAUUUUUAACUAGUCGUGUGAUAAUAUAAUCAGUAUUCAAUCUUUUGUUUAUGUAUUUUAUGUGAAAUGUGUAGUUAUUUUGUUAAAAUUAAAAGUGAUGCAAUUUAUUCUUUAAAUUAACAAAGGGAAUUUGUUAUUUAACCUAUCAACUAAAUCUAGUUAACAUUUUGAGGACCAGAUAUCAUUUGUGGGUUGUGCAGUCAUUUUCCAGGACUUGUUAUCAACAAUGGCAACAUUAGAGGAUGGACUGGAGUUUCCCCCUGAAACUGUGUUGGUUGCCACAGUCCUUGGUCGGGGUUGCUGGUUUGGACACGUUGAACAACGCUGUGCACCGCAUUGUUUGGGAGGCUCUAGCCAAUAGCCGCAGACAAGAUCGUUCUCCUGUUCAUUUCAAACUUCUAGGGCCUGUUCAUGAGUUCCCUCCGAUGAAACCAAAGCGCAACUCUUAUGAGUGGUACAUUCCAAAAGGCAUUUUAAAACGUAACUGGAUGAAGAAACACCUGAAGGAAGUGCCCGCUGUUGUUGCAAUAUUCUACGACUUGGACUGGGACGAUCCAGAAUGGCCAGAGAAGAAAAUAGAAUGCACCUCGAGGGUACAGUCCAUCAGGGCAGCACUAGAGGGUCGACACACCAGACUCGGAGUGGUGUUGAUACAGCACAAGGCUCCGGCGGUCGCAGGAGAGGAUGUACUGGCGGUAGACAGAGCUGCUGCACUCUGUGCUGCUGCCGAUAUCAACCCAAAGUGUCUUUUCGUUCUUCCCCAUGUAGACCACCUGCAGGGCUAUGUACUGAGGCUGGAGAAUGCGUUGUAUGAGAUGGCCCAAGGCUAUUACCAGCAGGAGAUACGUCACGUCAAGUCUCACAGAGAGUUCCUCAAUAAGACAACCCACCAGUACCUGUUUGUGCGGCACCAGUACAAGAUGGCCUUCCUCAACGAAUUGAAACACGACAACCGCAAUUCUCAUGUCCACUACUCCACAUCCUACAGUAACUUACUAGAGCUAAGGGUCAAUGACACGAACAGUUUAGAGGUGAAGACCGUGGCUGGAUACAUCAACUACAAGGUGUGUCGUCUGCUGUUUGUGCUCAACCAACCACGCGAUGCCAUCAGCCAGUUCCGUAGCUUUAUUGAGAACUUCCGUAGCAGAUCUGGUCCACCCGAGCUCAUCUUCCAGCACCACGCUUGGCUCGCUAAACAUUGCCACGUGACAGGUAUUGCUUGUUUGGAGAGCUUGUUUGAGGAGGCUAUCCGUGGGGGACUACCGGCCGUGCAGACGAUGCACCCCGGCUACUACUACGAACUGGCAGCCCGGCAUGCAGCUGACAGGAAGGCAGCAUCUCUCGUUCUCUGUCAGGGAGUGGAAAGGUAUCCUGCCAACGACCCACUGGCAGGUUUGGAUUCACUAGAGUUCUAUGGGCAACGACCUUGGCGGGCCGGCAAUCUGAGUGCCCAACCACCAGACCCGAUCCGGGAGAUGGAGGGAUUCGUCGCACUGCAGUACAACGAGCGCAACCACAUCAACCAUUCUGUAAGUCUCUUCUUUUGAAUUCUGAUCACUGAC